AGAAAAUUCAUUUAAUUGGAGUCUUUUCACUCUCAUGGUGAUUAAAAAGGCAAGCGGAUUUGGAUCCAAAAAACUUCCCAGAAUCUCUAUCUCAUAACCCAUUUGCAACACCUGGUCCCCCUCCAUCUUCUUUUUUCUCUGUUCCUUCAGUAUUUUGUGAAGUAAGCAAUCAGCAUGAGAAAUUACCCUGACAAGGUGGGCAACCAUGAGUUUGAACAACAUGAAGAGCUGCUGAUUCAACAUUGUAAACAUCUUGAAAGGAUACCUAAGGAUAUCUUGGAUGUAUUCAUGUCUAUAGAGGACCUUCAGGCAAUGGUGAUUGAAAUAAUGGAGGAGAAACCAGAGCUUGCAUCCAUGUCGGCUGGUUUUCCAAUACUUAGGAUUCAGGAUGAGGAAGGAGAUGAUGACGCAAGAGCUUAUUUCCCAUGCCCCUUCUGUUAUGUGGACAUUGAAAUUCCAGUGCUCUGUAGCCAUCUGCAGGAGGAGCACUGCUUUGACUUAAAAAAUGCGGUUUGUCCCUUGUGUGCGGCAAAUCUAGGAAAGGAUGUGAUUGGACAUUUCACAUUGCAGCAUGCCCAUUCAUUAAAGCGGAGGAGAAAGUCUCAAAAAUCUGGUGCCUGGACAAAUAGCCCCCUUAGAGAAUUGAGCUCAUUUCUGGGCUCUAGGGGAAACUCAUAUGAAUCUGCACCUGAUCCACUCCUUUCACCGUUUCUCUGCAGUAUAUCUGUUUCAGAUGGCAACCAGCAAGAUAAAUGCUCUAGUGAUAAUGCCUCAUUUGCUUCUGAUAUGAAAAGCACUGUGCCAUCAACACCGAGUGAAGGCCAAGAACAAGAUUAUGAAGAGAGACAGCAGAGAGCCAUUUUUGUUCAACAGUUGAUUGGGUCAACCAUUUUCUAGGACCCUCUGCCCUGUCAGCACAUUGCGGAAUUUAGAAUUUUCAACAAUGCCAAGGGCCACUUCACUCAUUGAUCACCAAUGCUGUGCCCGGCUACUGGGUUUUACUACAGAUGCUUGAAUUUAGGAAGUCAAAUAGUUCCUAUAUCUGGUUUUCUAGAAGAAUUGUCCUGGAAAAGGGCAAUGAAUUCCGCGUGCUUAUGGCUACUCUUUAGGCAAUGCAUAUUUAUUAUCUAGCAAUCUAUAUAUGUACGCAUAUUUGCAGCCUGUAUGAAGGCAACAUUCUGUAAUAUGUAGAAAACAAACUCUCCUGGUUUUAAAGCUAGCCUAAAUAUUAAACUUUUAUUUUCCAAGUAUAAA